AUGAAGUCUGCAUUGUAUUUGUGUUUGUUGUUUCUUGGACUUCAAGUCCAGGGUCAGCAUAGUUCCAACCUCAAUGUUGAACAGCAGGAACAAAAAAUAUCCCAUUCCCCAGAAGACCAUUCCCAGGCAGAAAACUCAGCUCAUGUCAAAAUAGCCCCUGGCAAUGCUGACUUUGCAUUUAGGUUUUACAAGCAGGUCAGAGAGGAGGUGGGCAACAAGAACAUCUUCUUCUCUCCUCUGAGCAUCUCCACUGCCUUUGCAAUGCUCUCCCUGGGUGCCAGAUCAAACACGCUCCGUCAGAUGCACAAAGGCCUCACCUACAACCUGACAGAGAUGGAGGAGCAGGAGAUCCAUGCAGGAUUUCAGCGUGUCCUUCAGCUGCUGAACGACCCACACCGAGAAGUUCAGCUGAACAUGGGCAAUGCUCUGUUCAUAGAUGACCGACUGAAACUAUUCCAAAAAUUUUUGGAUGAUGUUAAAAAUUUUUAUUAUUCUGAAGCUAUUUCGAGUAACUUCCAGGAUCUUCCAGAGGCUACAAAGGAAAUCAAUAAGCACAUAGAAACAAAAACUCGUGGGAAAAUUGUUGAUUUACUCAAGAGUCUUGAUCCAGACACCGUGAUGGUUCUGGUUAACUACAUUUUCUUUAAAGGCUACUGGGAAAAACCUUUCAACAAUUUGGCGACCAGAGAUGAUGAUUUCUUGUUGGAUUCCAAGAAUUCUGUUAAGAUCAAAAUGAUGCAUCAAAACAAACCCUUUAACAUCCAUAGAGAUGAGAAGUUGUCUUGCUGGGUAGUAGAAAUCCCAUACAAAGGAAAUGCUACUUCAUUGUUUGUUCUACCUGAUGAAGGGACAAUGAAGAAGGUGGAGGAUGCUCUACUAAAAGAAACAGUGUCUAACUGGAUGCAAUCACUUGAAAAAAGAAAAAUCUACCUGGACCUUCCAAAAUUCUCCGUCUCUAGCUGCUAUGAUGUUAAGAGCCUGUUUGAGAAAAUGGGUGUGACAGAGGUGUUCAGUGACCAGUCUGAUCUCUCCGGCGUGGCAGAAAAUAGUCUUCUGAAGGUUUCCAAAGCAAUUCACAAGGCUAUGGUGGAUGUUAGUGAGAAUGGCACAGAGGCUGCUGCAGUGACCGUGAUAGAAGUGGUACCACUGUCAGCAGCGUUUCCUCCUCCACCUCAUAUCGUAUUCAACAGACCAUUCCUGAUGAUUACUGUUGACAAAAUCACCCAUAGCAUCCUCUUCAUGGGGAAAAUUGUGAACCCAGCUGCCAAAGAAGACUAG